AUCAAAGUCACAGCCAGAAAAAAGCAUUGUUGUUUGGUACUAAAGGGUCCUAAUAGCCAAAGGGUACCCUAAAAAACAACAACAAUGGCAAGGGUUUCUUUCUGCCUUGUGUUCUCUUUGUGUUUCUUGCUUUUGGGUUUUGUCAAUGGAGCCAAUCCAAAUUACAAAGAGGCAUUAGCAAAAUCCAUUUUGUUCUUUCAAGGUCAGAGGUCUGGGAGGCUUCCUCCUUCACAGCAAAUCACUUGGAGGUCCAUUUCUGGCCUCUCUGAUGGCAUGCUUGGCCAUGUGGAUUUGACUGGAGGCUACUAUGAUGCUGGAGACAAUGUGAAAUUUAACUUCCCAAUGGCCUUCACUACCACAAUGCUUUCAUGGGGUACACUUGAAUAUGGCAAAAAAAUGGGUCCUGAACUCCAAAAUGCAAGGGCUGCAAUCCGCUGGGCUACAGAUUAUCUUCUGAAAUGUGCCAGAGCAACCCCUGGGAGACUCUAUGUGGGUGUUGGUGACCCUAAUGCUGAUCACAAGUGUUGGGAGAGGCCUGAAGAUAUGGACACUGUCCGUUCAGUUUACUUUGUGUCUCCGAGCAAUCCUGGCUCUGAUGUUGCUGGUGAAACUGCUGCUGCUCUUGCUGCUGCUUCUAUGGUUUUUCGGAAAGCUGAUCCUGCGUAUUCCAAGUUGCUGUUGAGCACUGCUAAGGAUGUUUUGCAAUUUGCUGUGCAACAUCAGGGUGCCUAUAGUGAUUCACUUGGGUCAGCUGUUUGCCCUUUCUAUUGCUCAUAUUCUGGCUAUAAGGAUGAGCUGCUGUGGGGAGCAGCAUGGCUUUUCAGGGCAACAAAUCAGAUGUCCUAUUACAAUCUGCUGAAAUCCUUGGGAGCUGAUGACCAGCCAGACCUUUUCAGCUGGGAUAAUAAAUAUGCUGGUGCCCAUGUGCUCUUAUCAAGGAGAGCUGUGCUCAACAAUGACAAGAAUUUUGAGCAGUACAAAGUAGAAGCUGAAAACUUCAUGUGCAAGAUCUUACCCAACUCUCCCUCUUCUUCUACAAAAUACACACAAGGAGGACUCAUGUACAAGCUACCUCAAAGUAACCUUCAAUAUGUGACAUCAAUAUCAUUUUUGCUCACAACAUAUGCCAAGUACAUGAAAGCAACAAAGCACACCUUCAACUGUGGCAGUCUCCUUGUGACCCCCAAUUCCCUCUUGUAUGUAGCCAAAAGACAGGUGGACUACAUCCUAGGUGUGAACCCAAUACAAAUGUCAUAUAUGGUAGGAUUUGGACCACAUUUUCCAAAGAGAAUUCACCACAGGGGAUCUUCAUUGCCAUCUAAAGCAAGCCACCCACAAGCUAUAGGAUGCGAUGGAGGUUUCCAACCCUUUUACUAUUCACCAAACCCCAACCCUAACAUCUUAGUCGGAGCCAUCGUUGGUGGUCCGAACGAGAGUGAUGGCUUCCCAGAUGACCGGUCCGACUAUAGUCACUCAGAACCUGCAACAUAUAUCAAUGCUGCUAUAGUUGGUCCUUUGGCAUAUUUUGCUGGGAGCCUUAUCCGCUAAUGGAAAUUUCUUAUUAUCUAGUUUUCUUGUAAAUAUUUCUUAAUGUUUAGACUCAAAAUGGGUCUAAUUUGCCACCCAAAGUAGGGUGAAGUAAGUUUAUUUUGUUUUAAUUACUAUUUUAAAAUGUUGUCUCAAAAAAAUUUAGGAUAUCAAUUUAGAUAUCUUAAAUUUAAAUUCUGGUCGGAGUCUUAUAGGAUUUAAUUUCAUGGGAGAAUAUUUUCUCUUGUUAUGUAGUUUAAAUUAAUAUAUGCCUCCUGAAAAUUCAAGUGAGGUCUUUUUCUAA